CUCGAGUGUCAUUUUACUGAUUGUGGUUAUGGUUAUGGUGACAUGCCAGUGUUUGAUACAUACAGCAUUACAAUGAUGGGUCAGCAACAAUGUGAUGGAACUGGAUGCGUAAUAUCAAAACCAUGCUCAGAAUACGUCAUAUAACGACAACUUGCAGUCAUAUUGAUGUAAAUGGACCACUAAAUAACAAUGUUGACAUGCAAACAACAGUUGCAUUACUGGCAUGUGUCAUCAUUGUUGUUGAACUAGAUUGCGAUCGUAUCCGAGAUUCAGAAUACAACAAAUGUGUGUACAGAGUUGUAUUGACAAUCAAACACAAUAUAUCGAUUGCAAUACAUGGAUAUGGGUUCAGACUUGAUGAUCGUACAAUGCAUGGUUACUAAAAGUGCACAAAGUGUAGAUUCGACAAUAUAGUCUGAUUGUGUGUCAUAUGGUGGUUGUUGUAUAUCAAACACGCAAUACAGUCAAUGUGUAGUAACUAUUGUAUAUUGCAAUGCAGAAUACAGUCAUUUCAGGAUGAAUAUCAAAGUGAUCCAUUUUACAUGAAUACGGUUGUAAAACAAAACGUUUGCGGCCACACAACACUCAUGAAGGGUGCUUUUCAAAAUACCUGAUCAAACGGUCAUAAAAGCAUCAUACAAUUGACACGAUCAUCAAAUUGAUCAAUAUGAUAUUAUGAUUAGGGAGCAUCAUAUUGUCUAGUUUGAUAGUAAACCGCUACAAACAAUCAAAUAACUCUGUACAAUUGGUUAACCUAAAAGGGUUGGUUUGCUAUACAAAACAUACAAAUACAACCAAGUACAUUCAAUUUUAUAAUCAACAAUCUGCUCAUCUAACCAUCUUUUAAGCCCAUCCACCAAUCUAAUGAAGUUCAUUGACAUUUUGUUCGUACUGAGCGCGGCAGCAACCGCUAAUGCAAUACUGGUUUCAGAUAACGGCAAUGACUCAGCUCAGGCAUCAAGCACUUCCAGUCAAGUGCCUGGUCCAACCAAUGAACCUGAACCAGGCACUUCCGGACAAGGCCAGCAAUACUUGCAUCGAACUGGUCCAAAUGCUCCAAAACGAAGUCGAAAACGCCCAAUCAGUAAGCCUGGUCCAAGUGCUCCAAAACGAAGUCGGAAACAAUCGAUGAAUCAACCCGGUCCAAGCACUUCCAAUCAAGACCAGCAACAGCCAAUGAACGAAGAAGAGUCGGGAAAUACUGCUCCAAGUCAAGAGGCUGUAUUAAGCGAAGAAGACCAGAAAACCUUGGAUAGUCUAAAGCAAAAAGUUGAAGACUUUAAAAAAUUGCAAGAGAGCAUAAACCAAGCCUAUUCUGAUGGUGCACUUUAUCGAUUAACUCAAUUGGCAGGGUUAGGAAAAGGAAAAGGUAUGUCUGAGCCAAGUUACAGCCCAGAAGCUAAAAAACAAUUGGAAGAAGAUUGUGAAGAAGCAGAAAGAGAACUAGAAAGUAUCAAACAAAAAGUGAAAAAGGCUAUGAAAUUUUUUGGGUUUCAAUAUGAAGAUUCGAGUUCAGAAGAGUCGAGUUCAGAUUCAGAUUGA